GAUGAUGCAGCUGGUGAAGAAGAAACAGAUACCAUCAUAGAUCUCCCAAAAUGUCGAUUGUAAAAUCUCUUCGACUACUAUUUCCCAAAAGGGAGAUCUAUCUGCCCAAUUCUGCCAUCGAAGGGCAAGUAGCACUCACCCUGCGCUCCAGUCUGGUCAACCCAUUGGUGAAGGUGGAACUGGUAGGGAGGAGUUACCUGGAAUGGAGGGUAGAAGGGAAUGCAAAUAUGGAUUACAGCAAGGACGUUCUGUGCAGCAACAAAACUGACCACGUGCACAAGAGCAAGACCUUCGACAUCGAAGACAACUGGUUAGGCGCUGGCAGUCACACCUUUGACUUCUCCUUUCAACUCCCUUCCAAGAUCCCCUCCACCUUCAAGAGUAAGAUCGGCCACGUCUUCUAUUUCAUUCAAACAUCCUGUUCUGGCCGGGAGCACAUCUUAGCCAAACAGAGGGAAUAUCUGCCUGUCCAAGGAACAUCAGGGUAUUACCAUGACACUGUUAACAAGCAUCCCAUAUUAGUAGAGGCGAACAAGAACCUGUUCUAUAACUGCUUCCGCCAGGGUCUGGUCUACCUCCGAGUCUCCCUGGACCAUAACAUCUUCAUCCCGGGAGACUGCGUGAUCCUUAGCGCCGAGAUCGAGAACUGGACCAACAAGCACCUCACGAGUAUGAGCUGCACCCUCAACUCUUACGUCACCUACGAGGGUUUCACCCUGAGAGCUGAACGGAAGACCUUGGAAGAAAAGCAGAAACUGCUGAGCCAGGAGACCCACAUCAACAUCAUCCCCUUUACUACCGCCACGGUCGUCAACGCCCUGAGCCUGCCCAGGCUGCUGCCCGUCAGCACCGAACCGCCGGGCGGCGAUAUCAUGGAGUUUAAGUACGAGGUGGCGGCCGCCGUCCACAUUCCCUGGACGCUGAAAAAGGUGGUGGCCAAGGUCCCCAUUGUUAUCCAGUGCCCUCGGGUGGUCAGGCUGGGGAAUUAGAAGGCGAGUGACCACCGUCCACCUUCUUUGGCCACGAAAAAAGUAGUAGCUUAGGUCCCCAUUGUUAUCCAAAGCCCUCGGGCAUUCAGUCUGGGGGAUCAGAGGAUGAGUGGCUACUCGCCAUCUUACACAGUGACUGAAAAAGAUGGUGGCCGAAGUCUACGUCGUCAUCCAACGCCCCUGGUAUAGUCAGCCUGGGGGAUUGCGAGACGAGUGUCCACCGUCCAUCUUACCCGGUGACCGAAAAAGGUGGUGGCUAAAGUCUGCAUUAUCAUCCAAAGUCCCCGUGUAGUCAACCCGGGGGAUUAGAAGAAGAGUGGCCACUGUCCAUCUUACCCUUUGGCUGAAAAAGGUGGUGGCCGAAGUCUGCGUUAUCAUCCGGAAUCCCCGUGUAGUCAACCUGGGGGAUUAGAAGACAAAUGGCCACUGUCCAUCUUACCCUCUGAUGACUGAAAAAGCUGGCGGGUAAAGUCCUCGUUGUCAACCAAAGCCGCCGUGAAGCCAACCUGGGGAUUAGAAGAUGAGUGGCCACUGUCCAUUUUACCUGAUGACUGAAAAAGGUGAUGGCUAAAGUCUGCAUUGCCAUCCAAAGCCACCUUGUAGUCAACCUGGAAGAUUAAGAGACGAGUGGCCACUGUCCAUCUUACCCGUUGACCGAAAAACAUGGUGACUAAAGUCGGCACUGUCAUCCAAAGCCGCUGUAUAGUCGACCUGGGGGAUUCAAAGACAGGUGGCCACUGUCCAUCUUACCCGAUGCCUGAAAAGGUGGCGGCUAAAGUCCACGUUGACAUCCGAAGUCCCCGUUUAGUCAACCUAGGGGAAUAGCAGACAAGUGGCCACUCUCCAUCUUACCUGAUGACUGAAAAAGUUGGCGACUGAAAUCCUCAUAGUCAUCCAAAGCCCCCAUGUAGUCAACCCGGGGAAUUUAGAGAUGAGUGGCCACCCUCGAUCUUACCCGAUGACCGAAAAAUGUGGCAGCUAAAGUCCGCAUUGUCAUCCAAAUCCAUCGUGGAUUCAGACUUGAGGAUCGGAAGACAAGUGGUCACUGUCCACCUUCACUGAUGACUGAAAAAGGUGGCAGCUAAAGUCCACAGUGUCAUCCAAAACCCCCACGUAGUCGACCUGGGGGAUUAAGAAGACGAGCGGCCACUGUCCGUCUAACCUGAUGACUGAAAAAGGUGGUGGCUAAAAUCCACAUCGUCAUCCAAAUUUGUCAUUUGUUCAGACUUGAGGAUCGGAAGACAAGUGGUCCCUGUGAAGACAAGUGGUCACUGUCCACCUUACCCGAUGACUGACAAAUGUGAAAGCUAAAGUCCACAUCGUCACCCAAAGCCACUGGGUACUCAACCUGGGGGAUUAAGAGACCAGUGGUCACCCUCCAUUUUACCUGAUGGCGGAAAAAGGUGGCGGCUAAAGUCCCCGUUGUCAUCCAAAGUCCCCGUGUAGUCAACCCAGGGGAAUAGGAGACGAGUGGCCACUAUCCAUCUUACCUGAUGACUGAAAAAGUUGGCGACUGAAGUCUGCGUUGUCAACUAAAACCACCAUGUAGUCAACCUGGAGGAUUAAGAGAUGAGUGACCACUGUCCAUUCUAGCCGAUGACUGAAAAAUGUGGCGGCUAAAGUCCGCAUUGUCAUCCAAAUCCAUCUUGUGUUCAGACUUGAGGACUGGAAGACAAGCGGUCACCGCGAAGACAAGUGGUCACUGUCCAUCUUACCUGUUGACUGAAAAAGGUGGCAGCUAAAGUCCACGGUGUCAUCCAGAGCGCCCCCAUGUAGUCAACCUGGGGGAUCAGAAGACGAGCGGCCACUGUCCACCUUACCUGAUGGCCGAAAAAUACGAUGGCUAAAAUCCACGUCGUCAUCCAAAUUCGUCACGUUUUCAGACUUGAGGAUCGGAAGACGAGUGGUCACCGUGAAGACAAGUGGUCGCUGUCCAAAUUAUCUGAUGACGGAAAAAGAUGGCGGUUAAAAUCCACAGUGCCAUCCAAAGCCGCCGUGUAGUCAACCUGAGGGAUUAAAAGACAGGUCGCCGCCGUCCUUCUUACCCGACGAGCGAAAAAGGUGGUGGCUAAAGUCUGCAUCGUCAUCCGAAGUCGUCGUGUACUCAAUCUGGGGAUUCGAAGACGAGUGGUCACUGUCCAUCUUACUUGAUGAGGGAAAAAGGUUACGGCUAAAGUCCGCGUUGUGAUCCAAAGUCACCGUGUAACCAACCCAGGGGAAUAGAAGACAAGUGGCCGCCGUCCAUCUUACCUGAUGACGGAAAAAGGUGGCAGCUGAAGUCCGCGCUGUCAUCUGAAGCCACUGCGUAGUCAGCCUGGGGAAUUAAAAGACAAGUGACCAUUCUCCAUCUUACCUGAUGACCGAAAAAGGUGGCGGUUAAAUCGGCGUUGUCAACCAGAGCCACCGUGUAAUCGACCUGGAGGAUCAGAAGACAAGGAACCACUGUCCUUCUUACCUGAUGACUGGAAAAGGUGACAGCUAACGUCCAGAUUGUCAUCCAAAGCCCCUGGGGUGGUGGGGAGCUCUGACUGGAAUGUUAGAAGAUGAGUGGCAAUAAACCGGAAAUAGGC